GGGGUUCACUUCUCUCGUCAAGCGGUGUCGUCCAUGCAACUGGCAGCCCGCGACAGCCUGCCUUUCAAGGCAGCUUUAUUUUCUCGGGAUUAACCGGAAGUUACGUCUCACCCACACGCACAUUCCAGUCGCGCCUGCGACCGUGACUUGGUUCGGUGGAAGAGCUCGACUUGCUGCAGGACGCCGGGAGCGCGACUCUCUCCGCGGUAGGACCAAAGCCGAGUUCGCAAAGUUUCAGCCGCUCCCGUGCGCGUGCGCGCCUGGUUUCCAUGGUGACGUGGAGUCCCUCCGUUAGCUUGAGAGCUGCUAGGUCUUGUUAGCUUGGAUGUCGCCAACGACGGCGUCACACGGCAAAAGCAAGAAUAGAAAACACUUUUGUUGUUCCCACCACAGUUAGAAUCAUUUGGGACUUUGAUCUGUCUUAAGGAGACCAGAGUCCACUCACUAGUUUGGAUGAAGAAGUGUGGUCUGUGGAUCAUGGUCAGCCCCUCAGUUGCUCCUGCACUGACCUGGUGAGACCCCGCUCACAAGCAGGGCUCGGUGGUCAGAACCGCAGAAGUCCACUCCAACUCUGUGAAACAGCCGACUUGAUAGCGCAGCUUCCUCCAGAGUGAUGUCAUCAUGGAGGGCCACAGCUGCUACGUGUCUCAGCUCAAGGCGGAGUUUGACCGCUGCGACUCCACUUCCUCUGGACUGCUCAGCAAGCAGGAGCUGACUGUCCUGUGUCAGAACCUGCAGCUGGACGCACAUCAGCACCACCUGUUGGAGACUCUGCUGGGAGAGCACGUCUGCGCUGGCGUGGACUUCCCAAAGUUCAAGAGCGUCCUGGUGUCGGUUCUGUCCGGGUCCCAGGACGAUGGCAGCUCCCUGGACCCUGUUGUGCCGCAGCGGGAGGUGAAGCCCAAGUGGGUCCAAGGAUCCAAGUGCUACGGCCGACGUUCAUGUCCCGACCACAAGCUGGACUCAGUGCAGGACAGCGGUCAAGCCGCGGAUGUCCCAAGGGCCAAAGUGAGACGUGAGCUGUCGCAGCAGAGCAGGGCGCUUGAGGACGCCAGUGAGGACCACUGUCUGCAGAGCCGCUGGGGGGACGUGGUGCCGGACUUCCUGUCUGAAGGGCCUGAGGAGGCGCCGUGUGCCCUGGAUGCCAGCGGAGGUGGGCCCUCACUCUGGCACUCGCCCCUGGCUGGCGCCCAUCUGUGGACACACCCCCUCCACGCUUCACAGCAGGCCUCUCCGUUCUGCCUGCAGGAGGUGCUGAGCUGCGCCGGCCCCUGCUGCUGCUCCACCCCGGCUCCACAGCGGCUGACACAGCCCGCGGCAGCGUCUGCGCCUCCUUCUCUUCUCAUGGCCUCAGUGGGAGCCAAGGUUCUGAGCCAGCUGGACGACGGCUCGGGGUUCACGGCGGCCGAGCGGGUCAUUGCUGUCUGGACCGAGGAAGGGCUCCAGCGCAGCCAGGACGUCCUGCAGACUCUGGACUUCUCCUUGGAGGAGCUCGUCAGUCUCGCUGACCUCACCGUGGCUCUGGACAACGAACUGCUGGUCAGCGGAAACGGCAUCCACCAGGCGGCGCUCAUCUCCUACAAGAGCGAGCUGCAGCACCUGCAGGUCCUGGUGGACCAGGCCGUCAGACAGAAGGAGAAGAUGAGGCUGGACUUGGAGGCAGCAGAAUCCAGGAUCCUGCAGUUGGUGAGGGAAGUGGACGAUCGGCAGGCCAGUCUGGAGACGCUGAACCAGAGUCGUCUGAGGGAGCUGCAGCAGAGCUUCAGGGAAAAGCUGUCCAGUCAACGGCUGCAGGCGGAGCAGGACAACGAGGCGCUGCUGCAGCAGCUGGACGCGGAGCGACGCCACCUGCUGGAGGAGGUCUCACGUCUGAAGGUGCAGGAGGGUGAACUGCAGGAGGAGCUCGGCAGCGCCAUCCAGGAGAAGAGCCACCUCCAGGAAGAUCUGUGUGCUGUGAAGCAGGAGCUGAAGGACUCCCAGAUGCUGGUGAGCCGCCUGCAGAGCGACAUGGAGCAGCUGCUGCAGCACAAGUUUGGCAGCUUGGACCCAGGUGCGGCGGUUCUGACCCACGAGGAGCGCUGCUCCGAGAUGGUGAGGGAGUAUGAGCUGCGCUGUCGGGAGCUGCGGGACAGGAACGACGAGCUGAGCUCAGAGCUGGAUGUGAUGAGGAGUCAGCGCAGCUUCAGCUGCAGGACUGUGGCAGCGGAGUGUGCUGCCGUGACCUGGGCCCCGCCGCCUGACGCCGAGGAGCCAGACAUGAAGCAGAGCUGCUCUCCUGCCACCCAGAAGAAGCUGGAGGACAAGCGUGUUUCCAGCGUCAGCCUGCAGACGGAGCUGGCUGUGGAGCAGCUGCAGCAGAAGCACCAGCAGGAGGUGAAGGACCUGCAGGCUCAGCUGGAGACUCAGGUCAACUACUAUGAACGAAGCCUGGAGCUGAUGCGUCAGAGCGCUGAGGUGGAGCGCAAAGACGUGGCUCAGGCCUUCAAGCUGGAGAUCACUGAGCUGGAGGAGCAGAAGAGCCAGGCCGAGAAACGGGCCGCUCACCUGAAGGAGGCGCUGGACUCUCUGCAGGCGCAGCUCCAACAUGGAGGCAGGAGCUGGAGCCCCGAGCAGGAGCGAAGGCUGCAGCGGGAGAGGGCCGACAUGGAGCAGAACUUCGCCCGGGAGAUCAGUAAUCUGGUCCAGCAGCUGAGCUCAGAGAAGGAGCACCUGGAGGCGGAGCUGCAGCUGAAGAUGGACCAGGAAGUCAUGCUGGUCAGGACCCAGCUGGGGGAGGUGCGCUCUGACAACAGCGCCCUCCAGGAGCGCCUGACUCUUCUGCAGCAGCAGCUGGUCUCUCUGGAGGACGACGUGGCCACCAAGACGAGCAGGCUGGAGGAGCUGCAGCGAGAGCGCGAGGUGCAGACGCGUGAGGAAGAGCUGCUUCUGACAGAGAACUCUGCCUACAGGGAGGAAGUGAUGAGUCUGAGCGGCAGGAAUCUGCAGCUCAGCAGCCAGAACAGGGACCUGAGCGCUCGUCUCCAUGAGGAGCAGGAGUCGGCGCUGAUGCUGCGGGAGCGACAGGCCGUGCUGCUCCAGCAGCUGCAGGACGGCGGAGCCCAGGCGCAGCUGAAGGACGGUGAGCUGCGGAGCCAGCAGGAGGCAUGGACACAGCAAAGGCGCCACCUGGAGGAGGAGCUCGCUUCCUGCAAGAGCAAGCAGCUGUGUGGAGUGGAGGCGGAGCUCCUGAGGGCGGAAGAGGCCGUGGUCUCGCUCACAGAGCAGGUCAGCAGUCCCGCGGUGGAGAGGCCGUCACCACCUGACCAGGAGGGGGCGGGCGUCUUGCAGGUGCGGUCCCUGCUGGAGGAGCGGCUCGGCGCCGCAGCACGCGGCCUCGGCCACGGAGCCCUGGAGCGCGAGAGGGAAGAGCAGGCGGCGCUGGUGAGUGCAGCGCUCAGCGUUGCCCAGCAGGAGGAGCUGGCGCUCCUUCAGACCAGACUGGAGGAGGAGCAGGAGAAGAGCAGCGAGCUGCAGGAGGAGCUGAGACGGAGCCGCUCACAGACGGCCCUGGCGCAGGAACAGCACAAGGAGGUGCAGCAGCGGGUGGAGGAGCUGGAGCUCCAGAGGAAAGGUGCCCAGCUGGUGCUGCAGGAGAAGGUCCAGCAGCUCCAGGAGCAGCUGCUGAGGAACAGCCAGAAGUGCAACCAGCUCAGGGAGCUGUACGUGGAGAACGCCCAGCUGAUGGGGGCGCUGCAGCUCACCGAGCAGCGGCAGAAGGAUUCAGAGAAGAAGAACUUCCUGCUGGAGGAGAAGGUUCACGCCCUCAACCAGCUUCUGAAGGAGCUGGUCAGCUCAGCUCUGGCCACAUGACGCCAGCAAGUCAUCGCCACUUUUAUCCCAAUGUAAAGAAAACUCUUGUUUUUUUUUUUCCCCCGUUGACAACCUUUUAUUGUCGAGUCCAAUAAAGUGUGAUGCCAGAGUGGAGUGGAACCUCAGGACAGCACGUGCUCCAGAACCCCCUGACGGACGAGCUGCUCGCAUUUCCAGCGAGGCAGAAAGUGCUGCAGACAGAGGCGCAGCGGUCACACAGCGCGGCCGCUGGACGGCACGGCCGCCU